GAAGUCUGUGGGUUGGUUCCAGUACUCUGUGCAAAAAACUUGGUGAAAAAGGAUUUUUUCCGACUUCCUGAUCCAUUUGCUAAGGUGGUGGUUGAUGGAUCUGGGCAAUGCCAUUCUACAGAUACUGUGAAGAAUACACUUGAUCCAAAGUGGAAUCAGCAUUAUGACCUGUAUAUUGGAAAGUCUGAUUCAGUUACGAUCAGUGUGUGGAAUCACAAGAAGAUCCAUAAAAAACAAGGUGCUGGAUUUCUUGGUUGUGUUCGACUUCUUUCCAAUGCCAUCAACCGCCUCAAAGACACUGGUUAUCAGAGGUUGGAUCUGUGCAAACUUGGGCCAAAUGACAAUGAUACGGUUAGAGGACAGAUAGUAGUAAGUCUUCAGUCCAGAGACCGAAUAGGCACAGGAGGGCAAGUUGUGGACUGCAGUCGUUUAUUUGAUAAUGAUUUACCAGAUGGCUGGGAAGAAAGGCGAACUGCCUCUGGAAGAAUCCAGUAUCUAAACCACAUAACAAGAACUACACAAUGGGAACGCCCAACGCGACCAGCAUCUGAAUAUUCAAGUCCCGGCAGACCUCUUAGCUGCUUUGUUGAUGAGAACACUCCAAUUAGUGGAACAAAUGGUGCAACAUGUGGACAGUCUUCAGACCCCAGACUGGCCGAGAGAAGAGUCCGGUCACAGCGACAUAGAAAUUACAUGAGCAGGACACAUUUACAUACUCCUCCAGACCUACCGGAAGGCUAUGAACAGAGGACAACACAACAAGGUCAGGUGUAUUUCUUACAUACUCAGACUGGUGUGAGCACAUGGCAUGAUCCAAGAGUGCCUAGGGAUCUUAGCAACAUCAAUUGUGAAGAGCUUGGUCCAUUGCCUCCUGGAUGGGAGAUCCGUAAUACUGCAACAGGCAGAGUUUAUUUCGUUGACCAUAACAACAGAACAACACAGUUUACAGAUCCUCGGCUCUCUGCUAACUUGCAUUUAGUUUUAAAUCGGCAGAACCAGUUGAAAGACCAGCAGCAACAGCAGGUGGUGUCGUUAUGCCCCGACGACGCGGAGUGUCUGACAGUCCCGCGGUACAAGCGAGACCUGGUUCAGAAACUAAAAAUUUUGCGGCAGGAACUUUCCCAACAGCAGCCUCAAGCUGGUCAUUGCCGCAUUGAAGUUUCCAGGGAAGAGAUUUUUGAGGAAUCCUAUCGGCAGGUCAUGAAAAUGAGACCAAAAGAUCUGUGGAAGCGAUUAAUGAUAAAAUUUCGUGGAGAAGAAGGCCUUGACUAUGGAGGGGUUGCCAGGGAGUGGUUAUAUCUCUUGUCACAUGAAAUGCUGAAUCCUUACUAUGGCCUCUUCCAGUAUUCAAGAGAUGAUAUCUAUACGUUGCAGAUCAAUCCUGAUUCUGCGGUUAACCCGGAACAUUUAUCAUAUUUCCACUUUGUCGGACGAAUAAUGGGAAUGGCUGUGUUUCAUGGACAUUAUAUUGAUGGUGGCUUCACAUUGCCUUUUUAUAAACAGUUGCUUGGGAAGUCAAUUACUUUGGAUGACAUGGAGUUGGUUGAUCCAGAUCUUCAUAACAGUUUGGUGUGGAUACUUGAGAAUGAUAUUACAGGUGUUUUGGACCAUACUUUCUGUGUCGAACAUAAUGCAUAUGGUGAAAUUAUUCAGCAUGAACUUAAACCAAAUGGCAAGAGUAUCCCUGUUACUGAAGAAAAUAAAAAAGAGUAUGUCAGGCUCUAUGUGAACUGGAGAUUUUUACGAGGCAUUGAGGCGCAAUUCCUGGCUCUGCAGAAAGGAUUUAAUGAAGUAAUUCCACAGCAUCUGUUGAAGACAUUUGAUGAGAAGGAGUUAGAGCUCAUUAUUUGUGGACUUGGAAAGAUAGAUGUUAAUGACUGGAAGGUCAACACCCGGUUAAAACACUGCACGCCAGACAGCAAUGUCGUCAAGUGGUUCUGGAAGGCUGUGGAGUUUUUUGAUGAAGAGCGAAGAGCACGGCUGCUUCAGUUUGUGACGGGGUCAUCUAGAGUGCCUCUGCAGGGCUUCAAAGCUUUACAAGGUGCCGCAGGCCCACGACUCUUCACCAUACACCAGAUUGAUGCCUGCACUGACAACCUGCCAAAAGCCCACACUUGCUUCAAUCGAAUAGACAUUCCGCCCUAUGAAAGCUAUGAAAAGUUAUAUGAAAAGCUGCUAACAGCCAUCGAAGAAACAUGUGGGUUUGCUGUGGAAUGACAGACUUCAAGGAUUUCCCCAGGACUCUAUUUAUACCCCGACCGCCAGCCUCCUUUCAGCAAAGUUUUGCGGAAUGCGGAAAUACAGGAUAAUGCCCCCCCCUUAAAAUUUUUUUAGGACACUGUGAGGGGAAAGGACAAUUUUGAAAUUCCUUUUCAAGGAAAAAAAGAGGUCUUUAUGCUUUGCCAUGAGGCCACACUCAGCUGCUAUUUAAAAUUAAUAUCUUGAACCUAAAGAAUGCUGACUUUUCCUACAUUUCCAGAGUUAGGCAGUAUUCUACACUUAAAGACUACUACUAUUUUUAUAAAAGGUAAUCUAUUCAAAUCGCUCCACAGAUUUCAAGUCUCUCAAACAUCAAGACAACUUCAGCAGUCGGUACACGUCACAUUUCAUUUUGAUUGAAUACAUGAUUUUGAACAGCUCCUGUACUUGCUCUUUGUAAAAAAAAUAAAAUAAAAUUAUUUUGAAUUAUUCUACCUUUGUAAACAAUUGGCUAAAGGAAUCAUUAUCUUAAAAAAUUAAGCCAUUUACACGUUUAAUUACAUUUUUCUAUAGCAAAGCAUUAUUUUUUAAAAGCAAUAUAUGUUUCAACCUAGCCUAAGUGAGUCUUUUGUAUAUUUCUCAAGCACGACCUUCCUGGAAUUCAGCCACAUAAUUUUGGUUGUCAGAUUCCUAAUGCAACCAUUUAGUCUAAACUUAGUAGCUUAUUUGAUACGGUAAGAUGCAUUCAGGGGCUCCUUGUUUUUAAGAGACUUAAAAAACACCCUAAUUUUCUUCAUCUUAAAUCAGUAUGAUUAGGUAUUUUGGCCUUUUCAUCUUAAAUGGAAAUACUGCAUUUUUAUAGCUCCUCAGAUUGUGUGGAUGGGAUGGGAUUUUCAUUCUUUUGCUGGGUCAGCUUAUCUUUAAUAUAUAUACUAUUUCUGUAAACCAGUCUCCUAUGGCAAGUGCAUCUAAUUUAUAUUUUAAUUAUGGCCUAAGUUUCUAUCAAGCAAACCAUCCAGUAUCUUUGUUUAGCUGCUCAUGAUGUUUUAAUCAGCUGAAAUUAUGACAAAGGAAACAUUAUAUUCAGCCAGCUUAGAAAAUCCUGUUUUUACCUAAUAAAAUGAAGGUGAGGUGGGGAGGGGUAGGAUUACUGAAGAAAUAGUGAUUCUGAAUCUCUGGUAUGAAUUAGUUUAGAACUGAAGAAUUCAUUUUGGAGGUAAGGGAAUCCCAGUUCCCUUGGUGUUGAUCUGAUUUGGAAAUAUCCAGAUUUAGCUUGCAAGGUGUGUGGCAUGUUGCAUAAUCCAGAAGGCAACCAAAAUUCUGGAGUAAGGGAUUGAAAAAAUCUGAACUCAUGGAUGGAUUUUUAAAUUCAACCAUCCAGUAUCUGCACUAUAUAUAUAUUUUCUCUUACACUGAUGUGAAUCAAGGGCAAAUUCUGAUGAGAUAUCUCUGUUGAAAUUUUGCAGCUUAAUCAUCAAGUGAAUAGGCUUUUUGUGUUCUUUCGUUUGUUGGAUUGGUUUUCAGUCUGUGUUCAUGAGCCAAGGGGUUCCUCCGAGGUGCCUCAGAAGUAACGGUUUAAGAGAGGACGGACAGAGGGGGAGAGGAAAGGCCUAGUUGGAAUCCGAGCAGGAGACUGUGACUCCCCCCCCACCCCCUUUACCAGAGCAGCUCCCAGUUUCUCUCUUCUGUGUAUUGGAAUUCCAAGGAAGAUUUUAUGGGGUGGAAGGUUGGGGGAGGAGAUAUAGAAGAAGUGGAAAUUUUGUCGUUUAAAGAAAAAAAGUCGAGAACUACUUGUGUAGUUUCUAAGUAUUUGAAUUUCUUUCAUUCAGCCAGAUUGGACUGCUACAUGCCAGCCGGUCACGGUCCCACCGCGCAGUGGCAACGUGCUUCUGCUGACUUUUCCUUCCCACUUCGUGUUUUCCUGCUGCAUUCUUUAGUAGUGCCCAAGGACAUCUCGAAAUGUACAGAAGAGGUUUCUAAACUAUUUAUCUGCUUUCAGCUUUCACAAUAGUACCUUGUUGGUUGCAGGGCCGUCUCUUUUAUAUUAUAUUAAAGCACUAGUGCAGUGUAAUUGUGCCUCCUCUUAGAAUCUUCCAGAAAGUAAGUACAUGAUGAACACUUCAGAGAAGUCCUGACAGAUGCAGUAAUAAUGCUACUAUCAUAAUGUACAAUAAAGCAGGCUAAUACCAUCGCUUUUGAGUGCCUUUUUAACUUUAUAAUAAUGACUUACUAGAGCUUUAAAAGAAGUCUACCCUGACACUCUAUGGGAUCGCCACCAUGAUUGAGAAAGACAUGAUUUAGAUUUCAUUUUCAAAAUUAUGUUCCCUGAUGACUUCCAAACAGGUGCUAAGCAAAAAAAACCCCCACCGUGUCAUUGAAUCUGGGACUCGCACCUCAUGUGUAAUGUGAAUAUUUAUUUCCACACGACCCUCUUAGCUGGCUUUUUUCUAAUCCCUCCCUGUAGUUGUGUUAUUUCGGAUACGUGAUGUCACGUUUCCAAACACUGUCUCUCCAUCAUGAAAGCUUAAUUACGAACAGUGAUUAUUUGUAGAGCUCAUAUGCAGUACAGAGGUGAGUUCUGUUUCAGAGGUCUAAUUUCUUGGUGUGAAGAGUUUUCAACAGUGCUGUGUAUAGUGUACAUUUUGUUUUGCACAUAGUUUGUUGCCCGGAAUGGGUUUUAUUUCUACCGUCCCUGUUUUUUCAAUUGUUAGUAUUUACGGUUCAGAGCACAAAAUUCCUUUCUUUUUAAAUGCAAUGUAAUUCGCUUUAUUUUACAACACUAAGUCCGCUUUGAACUUCCGGGGCAUUGAACCGGUUGCUUUGUUGGGAGUUAGAGACGGGCGUCUGUGCAGUUGGAGAGCGCGGCUCCCGGGGCUUCUGUAGGGAAGCAGCAGCGCGGAGCCACGGGCGCCGGCUGGGGGCACGUGACGCGCGCGUCUGUUCGGGUGAUGAUUGUACCACAUGCUGAGUUGUUUUCUUUCGAGAUGUAAUUAGUUCACUUCAUGUAAUAUUCUUUCUCUCAGACUGACUUUAAAAACAAAGUUUUAUCAUUUUCAUUGUAUUUGUAUUUAUUACAGAGUGUUUUAGCUUUGAUAUUCUUUGUAUUUUCACUCAGUUGUUACAUGAGCUUUAUCAAUAACAUCUGUAUAAAUGGUUUUUAAAAUUAACUAUGUAUGUGCCCAUGCCGCAGUUGAGCAAUAAAAUGAAUGCUGUUUGCACUGUCACAGCAUCAAAGUUUUUAAAGAA